AUGAACCGCCGUCGCUUUCUUGCUUGGGCUGUAUUGGUACUAAACUCGAUAAUUGCAAUGGGCGACGGCACUCCAGACAUUUCUCCGGGCAUAUUCGAAGUGGACUUGAUAUUCCCACGCAAUGAAACGUACACUCCUCAGGCGUUGAUGCCCAUCGUUUUCGCGCUGCAGAAUCCGUCUCUGGCUUCCACGUUGGGAGCCACCAUCUACUGGGGACUGCGGGAAGGCAACAACUGGUCUGCGCCGGGCUCAAUAACGGACGGGGGAUUCGAGCUCUUUACGUUGAACUCUACGUCUUCUGGACCUCAUUUGGCCACCAGCUUCGUGAACACUCUCGCCUACCCGGACGGCUCUUGGACUUUUGUCUGGACUCUGGAAGUCACCAACUGCUCACAGGCCGAAAGGCCAGAUUGCCUUCAAUCCGAAAGCCAAAAUUGCUCUCUGACUUACAACCCAAAUAAAGUCAUCUCGUUGAAUAAUGCCAUUGUCUUCAAUGUUAGCCAGUCAGGGCAAACACCCAGUCUCGAAGCAGCCACAUCUUCUGACAUGUGUGGCACCAUGGAAGCCUUUGCGUUUAACGUGACUUCUGCCGGGGAUACUGAGGAAGUGUGUGGCUUCCUUAGACCCAGUCCGACGACCAACCCGUGCGCAACGACGGUCAAUGCUUCCGCGGCAUCAAGUAUAUGGGCAGAAGCCACUGCCUUUGCCUGUGACCCUCGAGAGCGUUCGGCGUACCCCAACGUUACAUGUCCAACUUCUUCAUCCAAAUCCAACGCCGCGCGGCAAUCUGGCAUGGCCGCAGCAUCGACAUUGCUUACGCUGUUAACAAUGGUGACUGCCUUCAUCCAUCUUGGGUGA